AAUAACUACCAUUAUCGACAGAAUGAGAAACAACAGUGUUGGCGUCGUGUCGAAGACGUCUGCACUGUGGUGAAGAGAUGUUAGCAUGCUAACCAGCUAGCACCCAUCUGUUGAUAAUACUCUGUAGGAGGUUUAGUGGCAGAAAUGGAAGAAAGCUUAGAACCAUUUUGUUUUUGUCUUUUUGACGGUAGAUCUACUGAGGGUCCUCUUCUGUAGAGUCGGUCAUGUUGCACCGCCAUGUUUUUCUACAGAAGCCCAGAGGAGACAAACCAAACACUGACUGUAGAGAGGCGCCUUUCAAAUGUUUCACUUCUUUUACCAGCUGCUGUAGGUGAGGAUGAGACGAGGGAUGUUCAGUUGGUGGAAAUCUGCGACCUGACCACCAGCUGUGACGGAGUGUAACUAAGUACAUUUAGUACUCAAGUACUUCACUUAAGUACAUUUUUGAUGUACUUGUAAAUUCUCUAAAGCCCAUUUUUGAGGCAAAUAUUGUACUUUUCUGUCAGACUGUUGAGCGACUAUAAACGCAAAACGUGUGUUUAUAAAAAACAUGUCAGCCCAGGACAAACAUGGAGGCUCAGACACCAGAUGUCCUCUGAUGGUAAAAAUCCUGGAUGCAGUGAAAGGGACGCCAGCCGGAUCAGUGGCGCUCAAAGUGUCUCAGAAGACGGCCGAUGGAGGGUGGACACAGAUUGCGACCGGAGUGACAGAUGCCACUGGGGAGAUCCACAAUCUGAUCACAGAGCAGCAGUUCCCCGCAGGAGUGUAUCGUGUUGAGUUUGAUACCAAAACUUACUGGAGGAACCAGGGCAGCACGCCGUUCCAUGAAGUAGCUGAGGUGGUGUUCGACGCCCACACUGAAGGCCAUCGUCACUACACCUUGGCUCUGCUGCUCAGUCCGUUCUCCUACACCACCACCGCCGUGGUCUCCAGCGCACACGAGUGACACGCGUCAUGCCGAGAUCUUGUUUCUCUCAUGUUCUGAUCCGAACCAACAGAACAGAAUGAAUGUAGUAUUUUUUUUUUUCAUGCAUCUUCUUUUCCUGUGUGCCAUAAAGCUCCAUCCAAACAAAGAAAAAUGAUUAAAACACAUCAGUGAUCCAAAGCUGUUGCACUGAUGUGUUCCUUUAAACUUCAUGCUCUCUCCAGCACCAGAUGUCGAGUAAUCCACUACAGUUUCUUCCUGCUCGAGGAAAGUUUCAUAAACUGUUCACAUUUGGUUUUAGCAUCUGUUCUGAUCCAAUCACAGCUGGAUGGAUUGAAGCCCGUCAGUUCACACCGUCUGAUCUCGCGUCUUUGCUCUCUAUGCAGAUCCACACCUGCAUCGCUGGAACAGACCAGUACAAAAAAAUGUUUAAAUUUACACAAAGAGAGAAAAAUCUUCUGCCCCGAAUAGGUAAGAACUUGUUGCAGAUUGCGACAAGUCUAAAAAGUCUACAGAUUUUAUUGUCAAUGUUAUAUUCUUUAAUAAAUCUGGUGUACGGUGUGAAAGCAGUUCAGACUGUUACGUGCGAGUCACUCACGACAUGGACGCAGACGGACUUUAUCUUCAUGUUUUAUGUUUAAAGCUGGUAAUUCUGUUCAUAAGCAUUUUGUAUUAAAUCUGCAUAAAGUAUUUGACCAGAUCAGAAGCACAGCGAGUAUAAAACUACAUCUGGAGAUCAGUUCGGUAGAUGUCAUGUCAUUAAACACAAGAAAACAAAUGAAACCAACAUCAGGUCGUUCUGUUUUCCAGAAUAUGGCAAUGAAGUGUUUUAUUUUUGUCUUCUGUUGACAAAGAAAGGAAAAAAAAAAAACUUUACAAAGAAACAGUUCAACACCAGACUCAAACUGUUUAAACCGUCUGUCACCAGAGACUGCACAAGUCUGACAAUGGAGCAAAUUCAUGUAAAAAAAGAAAAAGAAAAAGAAAAAGGUUCAGUGAUGUCUGGGAGUGAGGCGGGUGGGUGCUACAUCAACAUGGUCGCAGGGUUGGCUCAGUGUCGAACUUCCUUCUUCUACACGAACUGGACAUGAAGUGUUUGGUGAUCAGGUGAUCAGAGAGUCAAAGAAAAUCAUCCUGCUGCGGUCAGACGCAGUGAAGCUCUCGGGACGUCGUUCUGAAAACGUCUCUGCUUUUCACUCAGAGUGGUCGUGAACAAUGUGACACCAGCUGCCUGGUUCAGUGACGGUGGAGCCUGAAAAUACUGAUAUCUGUCUGAUGAUCAGCGGAUCAGCUGACUGUUUCAGCCAAACACUGACUCAAAGAAAACAAAACUUACUGGAAAUAUUCUGAUGCUUUCAGCCACAUCUCACUGUCAGCUGGCAAACUGACUGAUACUCAUCUGACAUAGAAAAACAAACGAGAUGUGGAUCCCUUCAAUCUGAUCAUUGACGCCCUCUAGUGGACAAACGAUGUCCUGGCUGUUUGUAAAGAAAACUUUGAAUGUUUUCUGAUUUGAUAUUAUACGACUGUAAGCAGUUGGUGUUACAACAGUAUCGUUAGUGUUUGUUUCCACACAGACUUGUGAGGACGGGCUGCCUUCAGUGUUCAUUAUGCCAAACACACCUUUAAUGGCCGGUUCUGUGUGGAGACGAGGCCGAAUGAAACAAGUCGAACACACAUGCAGUUCAGGGUCUGCGUCCUUCGAAGGAUCUGGCCUGAGUCCUUUCAGAGAGACCUUGUUAACUGCAUCAACCCUAACGUCACAAUUUCCGCCGCCCAGGACCGCGAAAGUGACAAUCUACGCCACGUGAUGUCGCUGUUUGCUCUCCUUCUUUCUUCUUUUUCGGGCAUGCAAAGAAUCUUGGGAUAUGUGAGGCCAUGAAGGACAGUAGCGGUUCGUCCAGGGAAAAGAAGGAGGAUUUGUGGGCUGCAUCUGGAGGAGCCUUCGAGUUGGGAUGGAUUUCAUGCAGCGUUGUGACGUAAGUGGCCUUAAAAUCCUCCGAAGGAUGCAGACCGAAAUGUGAAAUGAGACACAGCAACUGUGAUGAACUCUGUUCAGUGGGCCAGAACCUCCUGGUGGCCGGGAGAAAAGAAACUGUCCACACAGAACAGUAUAGACUAAUAAAGUGUGAAUCACUGAGCGUUGAUUUUCAGCUCAAAUCAGUUGCUACACUUCACUGUGUGUCUGCUGGCCAAACCAACGUUAAGCUAUUAUUAAUUAAAAGCAACUUUAUCUUUGUCUCAGAUGUUGUAAUGAUGAAAUUGUGAUCUCCAGUGUUAACUAAGCGACUGCACCUGCUGUUACAGGUUCCUCAUGAACGUUCUGCCGCUUCCUUCGAUCGUAUUUUUAGCAUUUCAGUGAGAAUAUGCAGUCCGAGGCGACGCGAUGUGGCUGGAAGCUCUGCAGUAUUUCCAUCGUGCAGCUUGUUUGUUAAACUUUGCUCCUUAUGAUCCAGGCUCAUUUACUCAACAAGGGGCUUUUACAGUCAAACAGUGAACUUGUCAGCACCCUCUAGUGGACAACUGUAGUAACAGCAACACAGACUCUGAAUGACUUCAUGCUGAUUUUGGGGGGAGUUUCUGAGUGCACACUGUUGGAUCUCUGUGAUAAGUGGCCAGUACAGUUUAAUAAUAUAUCAGUCAGGUUGUAAUCUGCAACAUUUCUGAGGCUCCAUAUAAAAAAAAAUAAAAAAUACAGACUGAUGAACACGGACAAAAUACAGACCAGCGUUGUUACAAACACCAGCAAAACCCGUCUGAGACAGAACCAUGAAAAACACUGUAGCCAGAUACAAACACAACGCAACACAAUGUUGUUAAGUUAACGGCUCAUCGGUGCAGAGCUGCCUCGAUGAACCUGCCGUGGUCAUCGUGCACAUGGAUGCAUGUCAGUAACAUCAUUUUAUCCACACAUGUAUGUUUAGUGGGCCAGGCCAUGCAGAUUAAAGGCUAUAGGAGAGGUUUGAGGCUGCGGUAGUUGCUGGAUCAGCCAGAUGCCUGAUGACAGGAGGACAGUUAAGUUUGUACCAAUUGUCUCGUGACAUGCAGGAGAUGUGAAGUCUGCCCUCGUGUGUCAGUCUUUCAGCUUUCAUUGAACACGAGCCACAGAAAUGUUUCUCGUCAGACCUUUUGGAUUGUUAUGGUGAAUAUAUUAGACGCACAGUCGCACAUUAUGUUAUUCAGAUGGAGGGGGACAAAACAAAUUGACGAUUCAGGAAAACAAAAUCAUUUUUAAUCUCUUCAGUCUGAAUGUAAAGUGAAAAAGAAAAGAGAAAAAAAAGAACUCAAGGCACAAAUAAAUACUGCAAAAUGGAGUACAGUGGUGUGAAGGUGAACAACAUCAUCUGGACCGUGUUUGAUACGUUUAGCUGUCAGAUAAACAGGUGCUGGGUGUCGUCCACCUCAGAUACUGGACGAGCAUGAACAAUUAUUAUUUUCAAAAGACCCAAGAGAGAUUUUCUUUUUCCAGUUUGGCACCUGGACCGGUGUUUUGGCUUCUGCCAUGCAAACUAGAUACGAAGCAGAUCCACCAGAGAAAUGGAAUGCAGCCUGAUACGAAGCGCUACAUGCUGACUGCCCCGUCACACCUCGUCGUGCUGGGAAACACUUUGUUCAGUCAUUUGCUCUCUGAGAUGACUCAUAUCAACACUCUGUAGAGCUGGACCCCGUCUAUGCUGCUUCGGUCGUUAAAGGUGAACGCCACCAAAAAGACACGUAACAGGCCGGUGCUCUGCCUGUGAGCACUGUUGGUUACUGCCGUCUGUGGCUGCCAUAUUUCACCAUUUCUUUUGAUCUAGGCGAAGCUGCGUGUCACCUGAUGAACCGAAAAAGGUGUUAUCUCCUGUUGUCAAUAAGGAGUCCCACACCUGCAGACAGUUGGCCAACAUUACCCACAAUGCAACUUACUGGAGGCAAUUCAUCAGAUUACAUGCAGCUUCCUCUGGAGCCACAGAAGGUUUUAUUCUACAAGCUCUUCUCCUGUGAAGACCUGUAAACACAACUCCAAGUGUGCAAAUUGGUGGCGUUACCCUUUAACAAUGACACCUGAACAGCACUUUGCUGAUAACUUCAAACUCAGAAUUAACUCCUGCAAACUCCACUCAAUACUGGUACAAUGUAAUACAUGACAACAUUUUAGGCUGCCAGAAGAGAAGAAGAAAAGAUGCUCGAUGCGUUUUUAUAAAAUGACUCAGAGCAUUAAGUGUGUGAUGGGGGAGAGGACACAGAAAGCAGAAGUCAGGACGACAUGACGAAGCCUGGUGAAGAGUUCACUCAGGAGUGUUUCGGUUUGCAUGCAGUUCAUGCUCUUCAGAACGUCAUCUCAAUAAACGGACCCCAUUUUUUGUCAUUUGUUCCCGAGAUACCAAGAAUGACGAACAGUGUUGCGUAUAAAGCAGUGGCACGGCACCAGCGCUUUCUGUGGGCUUCGCAUUUUUGAACACUGAACACAAACGAAAAAUCUGAAUACUGCUUCUCAGAUAUUUUGAUACGUCACCACAAACAGUAAUUCAUAAUUAAGGCAUUACUGCUUCAUUAUACACUGUAGCAUCAGAGCGGGGGUGGAGGGGGUCUACGACUACAUGGUACUGUAACUGUGUACACCCUGACCAGCUGAUCACCAGGAGUCAUGAAUGUAACGCUGUGAUGAAGCGAGCAGCCAGGCUACGUCCACCACUUCUCACCAAACACUCCGUGUUACUGCUACACAGUCAGAUCGCACUUUACUAAACAGGCCUGGUUUCUUCUCUUAUGCAAAAAUGUGGUACUAAGCUAAGAAAGGCAUCGCAUAAGAGAGUCACCUGCUAAACCAACACUGACCGGAGAGACUAGAAGAGAGAGACGUCAGCACUACAGUCACAUCUGACCGGUGACUCGCUCUCCUCUCUCAUCGCUGCUAUGAAAUGUUAAAGCUUAGUGGCUGAACAAGCAGCCACACGGUGUCGGAGCGCGAGCUUCACAGCCACGUCUGCUUUCUGAGGGGAAGAAAAA